UGAAAAAUAUUAAUACGGCUAGAUGUUUAAAAAUUAUUUGAUAUUAUACGCAAUACAUUUAAUAUGCAGAAUAUGAAAAUGAUUGGUAUUAUUUUUUUAUUAUAAGUUAUUUAUAUCUCUUCCUGGCCUUUCAAAAGUAUUGUUAAUUAAUACUUCUAGUUCAACAAUGAAUGUUGAAGACAGUACACAAAUAGUUCACCGUGUACUGCUAGAUGAAGCUCUUACAAAGGGAAUUGAACGAAAUGAAGAACAGUGCAAAAUAUGGACCGCUUAUAAAAAAAAUCAUCAGAAAGUUGCAGAAGCAUUAGAGAUUUUCCAAAAGGACUUAUAUGUAAACUGUAUGGUACCAAUUGGAAAACGUGCUCUAAUGAAAGGAAAAUUAAUUCAUACCAAUGAAAUACUUACCUGCUUGGGAGAUGGAUAUUUUGCAAAGUAUAGUACUUCAGGUGCAGUAGCACUUUGUGAAAGAAGAAUAAAAAAAGCUGAUGAAAUUUUAAACAAUUUAAAUGCAGAAAGGAAUUUGUAUGAAACUAGAAUGAUAAUGUUAGAAAAUAAUUUUUUUGAAGAUUCUGAUGGUAGUGAAAUUGUAGAACAUUGGAAUGAAGAUCAAAUCACAGAGUGGAAAAAAAGACAUAGAGAAAGAGAAAGGGAGUAUCAUCAAAAAUUGGCAAAACUAAGACUGGAAGAAAGAAGAAAAAUAGAAACUGAAGAAGAUUUAUUUAAUAGACUUGAUCAGCUUGAAAUUGAAGAAGAAUUAGCAGAUGAAUUUAAUAGGUUAGAAAAUGAAAAGUAUGAAUUUUUUGGUGAAGAAUUAGAAGAAGAAGAAUCAUAUUAUGAAUCAGAAAGUUGUUCUGAAAGUGAAGAAGAGAAAGAGCCUAAAGAAGAAGAUAUAGAAGUUUUUGAUUCUGACACAAAACAACCUAAUGAUUUUGUUAAAUCACGUAAGAUUAAAAAAUUUGUUUUAUUUGCAAAACCAGAACAUAUUUUAAACAAACAGGAAGAAAAUUUAAGAAAAGAAAAAGAAGAAGAUAGCAAAAGCACAGAAGAUUUGGAGGGAGAUAAUCUUUUGAUAGAAUUCCACCAUUCUGAAAAUAAUCCAAUUGUGAAAUCAGAUGGAGAUUCAAUAGAAACACCAGCAGAUAUUUAUAGAUUAUUUUUUAGAUCUAAAUCUAUUUUAAAAAGAUCGCCAAACGAUAUAAAUCCAGAACAACCUGCUUCAUCAGAUUAUAGUAUGGAAGAGGAAAAGGAAGAAGAAGAAACUAUUAAAUCUUCAGCUUAUGAAGCUGUGGUAAAAGACAUCCAAGAAAGGAAUACAACAGUUACAAACAAAAUUUUGGAAAAGGAAGAGAAUAAUGAUACCCGACUAGUUAGUAAAUUUAAAAGAGAUCGUCAGUCAAGACAACAAUAA